ACCAUCACCUUCAUCACCUCCACCAUCACUACCACCACCACUUCCACCAACACCGAAACAGUGCUCACCAGUUAUUGGCUUCGCUCAAUGUUUGUUUACGUUUUGUUUGCCCGCGAUUCCCCAGAGUUCAUGCACGUACAGUGUCAGUGCAGUGCAUUGCAUGCAUGCAUUGAAGUCGAGUCAAGUGUGACUCGUGCAGAGCUCCCGUUGUUUGAAUAUGGCGGUCUUUUCGUAUUUGCAAAGUUUGGCGAUUUCUCUAAUGUCGGUGAAUGACUGAAAGUGCUAAAGGCUCUCAUAAACAUGGCAUCCAGAUCCUACUAUUCACUAUCCACAACUCAUCGCAACAAAGGGGAAACAAGGCCGAGAGUUGUUGCUACAGCUAUUACAACUCACCAGCAACCCUCUGCCACCCUCCAGCCCAAGAGCAGCAGCAGCAGCCAUGGCCAGCAAAACUAUAUGAAGCCUGACAAGAGAGGGCAGCAGCAACAGGAUAGCAAGAAGUAUGGUUAUUUCAGCAGGAGUGAGUCGGUGAGACGCAGUGGCAAGAGGCUAGCUGCCAAGCGGUGUGACACGGGGGAUAGUGAGGCUGCUAAAUUGACAGGAAAAUUGAAGAUCUUAAUCAAGACAAAGUCAAGCUGUUUCUCAAUUCGAGUUUGUGGAGCCAAGGAACUCAAAAUACCAACCAGGACUCCGGAGUGCAGAUUGUAUGCAAGGAUAUCUGUCGUCACUCGAGGCAAAGAGAUCCUGAGGGAGUUCACAUCUGUCCAACAUGACACCAGAGAACCAAAGUUUGACAAAACAUUCUAUAUUCCAUUAGAACUGGUUCAAAUCUCAAGUAGACUCAUCAUUCAUCUCAACAGACAGACAGGAAAAAGAUUUGAUGAUGUCAUUGGCUGUAUGUCCUUUGGUAUGAAGAAUAUGAUAUCUUCAUCUAAGUAUAAACGGUAAGUGUGCUGUCUGCGAUAGUACUAACUAGAAAUUUAUGAUUAAUAUGCACUUUACAGUUUUACUGUAUAAUUUUUGAUAAGCCUGUAAUAAUCAGCAUGUGGAUGCAGAGUGAUAUAUUAAAAUCAUCGGUUUAUAAACACUUUAAUAUUUUCACUAAAUAUGAGUUAUUUUUAUUUCUGUGACACACAUUAUUGGUCAAUAUGCAUGUAUCCCAAAUGCACUUUUAACAAAAUUAUAUUAUUUACAAUAAGAAUAGUCACAUGGUAAUGAUAUAUUCUUUUCACAUUAGAAUAACACAUUAUCACAGAUUCAAAGAUCUAUAUUGUAUGAAUAAACUCCCAGAUAUUUUGUUUUGAUCUUGCACAUGAUCAAAACAGAUUUUCAUGCAAAAUUUAUAUUCAAUAAAAAAAUCCCCCCAUAUCUUUCAUAUGAUUGUUUUUAUAGGGCAUACACAUUCUUAUAGUCUAAUUUGGAAUCAGAAUAGUGACAUUCACUUAGAUUUUUACCAAGAACAAAUGUAGGCUUUUUAAAGGAGAAUGAAAUCUUUAGAACAAGAUAGCUUGUGUGAAAACAGA